UUACAUUGAAUUUAAAUCUCUUUUGGGCUGGCCUCCUUUUCAAGUCUCGCCUUACAUAACCAACCAACCAAUAUAACGAAGUGUCUUUCUUGACCUGGCUGCAAAAUGCUUCAAAAUCAGCUUAGAAGUCUUGCCAAAAAUUUGUCAAAGAGCACAAGCCAGGUGAGGUCUUUGCUGGUAAGCCGAAAUGCAUCUACAUUGGUCAUUGUAGAACAUGAUAAUGAAAAAGUUAUUCCAAGUACACUUCACGCUGUAACAGCAGCAAAACAACUUGGUGGAGACAUAACCUGUCUUGUUGCAGGAACAGGCUGUGAAUCAGUUGCUUUAGAAAUUGGCAAAGUUGAAGGAGUAAGCAGGGUUCUUCUGGCAAAAAGUGAUGGAUACAAAGGAUUUUUGCCAGAGGCAGUUGCACCUGUCAUUGUGAAAGCUCAAGAACAAUUUAAAUUCUCCCAUAUUCUUGGUUGUGCAUCAGCACAGAGUAAAAACAUCCUACCACGUGUUGCUGCCAAACUUGAUGUGGCCCCAUUAUCAGAUGUCAUAGAAGUUAAAAGUGAAGACACAUUUGUUAGAACAAUGUAUGCAGGCAAUGCAAUUACAACCAUCAAAUCAAAUGAUCCAGUAAAACUGCUGACUAUCAGAGGGACAUCUUUUGCUGCUGCUGCCACUGAAGGAGGAAAUGGUGCCUCUGAAGACAUCGAUGCAGGUUCAAUUUCAGCCGGUUUAUCAGAAUGGGAAAGCCAAGAGUUAAGUGUAAGCGACAGACCUGACCUUUCAAGUGCCAAAAUUGUUAUUUCAGGAGGUCGUGGAAUGAAAUCAGGGGAUAAUUUUGAAAUGCUUUACACCUUGGCAAAGAAAAUGAACGCAGCAGUCGGUGCCUCUAGAGCUGCAGUGGAUGCAGGCUUUGUACCUAACGAUAUGCAGGUUGGACAAACUGGUAAAAUGGUCGCACCAGAGCUUUAUAUCGCUGUUGGUAUCUCUGGAGCAAUUCAACAUUUGGCUGGCAUGAAGGAUAGCAAGACCAUCGUUGCCAUCAACAAAGACGGCGAAGCACCAAUAUUUCAAGUAUCCGACUUCGGGCUUGUAGCUGAUCUCUUCAAGGCCAUUCCUGAGAUGAUUGAAAAGAUGCCUUAAAUCUACGCAAGUUAACGUCAAAAUCAAUCUUAUCAAGAGAGUGUUAUGCUUCUAUGGACUGUGCUACGUACUUUUAAUGUUAUCUAAUUUCUAAGAAAUGGAUGGAUAUGUAAAUAAAAGUUUUCACUUCCUAGAA